GAUGGCGAUGCUUUCGAGAGGCGAGCGUCUUGUGAGCAAGCUGUGAAAUGGAAAUCCGUUCUUGUCAUGCCUAAAGGUUUUUGCCGUUGUGCUGGUCAUGCAGCUGGAUCGCGUGGAUGCCUUGGACUGUGGGUUGGGAGAGUAUCCCAUAGGUGCCGAGUGCUGCCCAAUGUGCGCUGCUGGAUUUCGGGUUUUCAAGCAUUGCACUGCAGAUUCCAGCACGACAUGCAUACCUUGUGUUGAGGAUACAUACACAGAUCAUCCCAAUGGUUUAGAACACUGCAGGAAAUGUAAACUGUGUGAUAAAGGAGCCAACCUAGUGCCAGAAGUAGCCUGUACCUAUACGAAGAAUACUGUGUGUGGCUGUCUGCCUGGGUAUUUCUGCAGUUAUUUUGGGACUGAAGACUGUGAACUUUGUCAACGCUACACUGUCUGCUUUCCUGGCACUAUGGUAAAAGAGAGGGGCACGAAGACCACUGACAAUGUGUGUGAAGCCUGUCCUCCCGGAACCUCCUCAACAGCCAACAUGUCCUACAGUUGUACACCGUGGCCCAGACUUAAGGAGAGCGGCUGGGUACCAGGAGGGGACGGGAAUCCUUCCUCAGAUUCCUCUGUUACAACAAUUGUUGGUUCUGUUGUUGGAACCGUGCUGGUUGUUGCAGCUGGCCUUACAUAUAUCUGGCAAAGGAAGAAAAGGAAAACUUAUGUGCCACAUGUUGAGCUGAAACCUUAACAGCCAAUUAGAGGUGAACUGCAAGGAAAUUUCUACGUUUCUGUGUGCCACAGUUAACCUGUUGUAAUGAUGCCUCCCUUAGGGGGUGUGCCUAUGCCGGCUCACCGCUGAACCACUCCUACAUACAUGUAAGGACAAGAUAACACAAUUAGAAAAAUGCGUUAGUAUAAAGUUCACCUUACUGCAUUUUGAUGGGACUGUUUCCUUU